GUCAAAAUUUGUGAGAAUAGGAAGUGCGUGCUAGAUCAGUUCGAUUCGAGACAAAAACGGUGAUUCUAGCCCUGGCCGAGUCACUUACAAAUCCCCAUUACUAAAUUGCUAAAUCGGAUAGCAACGGACCGAAACGGAAAGGGACUUACGGGUCGCUGAAAGUAACACCUGACUUGCCAGGAAUAAAUCAAGCUUACUUAUUAUUAAAUUCAUAUUUAUAUAAACGUCAAAACAAAUUAAACGGGUGCUAUGCAAAUGCCCUCAAUCCAAAUCGUGCGCGACCUGUUAAUAGUUUAAUUUGCGGCCAUAAAUAAUAACCAAGAAUUAAUUGAUUUUCGUCAUAAAUCAAUAAAUAACUAAGUCACUCACUCACUAACCCCGCCUAUCCGAGUGCCGAGUGCUUACCAUCAGGGAGCAGUAACGAUCAAAUUGAUUGUAGUCCGAGUCGCAUAUUUUCGGGGUGCUGAAAUGAAACUAUUUACCAACAAAAACCAGCGCAAUGCAAAGCUGCUGCGGAGCGCUGCUCUGGGGAUGACACUGCUGUUCUUCGGAUCCCUAGUCCUCAUAUCGGACCCGGUGCAGAGCAUUCUGGAUAUGCAAUUGACUUUGAAGCCGGGUACCUUGAUCUACGCCCUCUGGCUCUUCCCUCCCUUGGACGUCUACAUCAACGUCUACAUGUUCAACUACACGAAUGUGGAGGAGUUCAUGUCCGGGCGGGCCACCAAGCUGAAGGUCGAGGAGGUGGGGCCGUACGUCUACAAGGAGGUACUCAGCAAUCAUAACGUGACCCUCAACGAGGCCAACAACACCAUCACCUACACUCCCCGCAGGGAGUACAUCUUUGCCCCAGAGCGGUCCAUCGGAGAUCCCAAAGUAGACUCUGUCCGGGCGCCCAAUAUUCCCCUGAUGGGCAUUACCACUUUGGCCUCGGGUCUCUCGAUGUUCGCCUCCCUGGGACUGGGAGCUCUGACCCGGCAACUGGAGGCUAAGCCCAUGCUGAAGCUAACCGUGCACGAGUACCUGUGGGGCUACGAGGACAACCUUGUGCAGUUGGCCGCCCGGUUCGUGCCCAGCUGGAUCGACUUUUCCAGUUUUGGCAUCAUGGAAAAGCUAUUUCGCGAGGGCAACGAGAGCAAUGUUUUCAACAUGAAUUUGCCGGAGCCCAGGGACAAGUUCGGAAUCAAACUGCCGGACGCUCCACGGGCUUACGCGGUGGACAGUAUCAAUUAUGAGCGAGGCUUCAAGCGCUGGCAGUACGAUGAGGAGACCAACGGUACCAUGUGCAAUCGGAUUUGGGGCAGUCAUGAUGGCACUCUCUUCCCGCUGGACAUGGACGAGAACGAUGAGUUUUUCCUGUACCGAAGGACCUUCUGCCGCCGUUUGCAUGUCAAGUUCAACCAAUCGGUCACCUACAAUGGCAUGGAUGGAUUACAAUUCACCAUGCCCCCGGAUGCUUUCGACAGCCAUGUGGAUGACUCGAACUCCUCGUGCUUCUGCAAAAAUAACAAGUGCUUGAAGAAGGGUGUGGGAAAUGUAUCACCUUGCUAUUACAGCAUGCCCUUGGCCAUUACGUAUCCGCAUUUCAUGCAUGGAGAUCCCAGCCUGCUAGAACCUUUCGAGGGCCUCAAUCCGGACGAGUCCCGCUUGACCUCCUACUUUGUGGUGCAGCCACAACUUGGCGCGCCGAUGCACGGCACCCACCUGCGGUUACAGGCCAAUCAGGUGGUGGGCAAGGUGAGCUUUAACCGCGACAUGACGCCCUUCGAGAACAUGGUCCUGCCACUGCUCUGGGUGGACCUGAACGUCGAUGAGUACUGCUGGCCCCUGCGAUACCUAAUCCACGGCAUGAAGUGGGGCUUCCCAUUGAUCGAAUGGGCAGCUGCCCUGGGAAUGAUGAUGGCCGGAAUCUACUACCUUUGCGCCGCUCUAAUGCUCUGCUUCUGGCCAUCAAGUAAACAGCAAUUCCAGAAAGUGGACCAAGCGGAACUGGGCGCGACAGUGCAGGUGAUCAGUUUGGGCGCCGGAUUCCGAAAGACCUCCAUUCCCAGCUCCUUGCAACUGGAGUCGGAGGAGCAGCACCAGCUCCUAUUUGGCCCAAAAGCGUAGACCUCCGAGAUGAAGUUACCUCAGACACUCAGAAAGGGACAACACUGUGAUAUAUAGGCUUAAGAUUGGGUGUAAAUUAUUGUGCUCAUUGGAAAACAACUUAGGGAACGUCCUUGUCUACGUACUAGUUAACGGUAACGAUUAUUACGGCUAAAACUAGAAUAAGUCUAACAUUAAGCAAUGUACAGUUGAGUCUCCACUCGAUAAAUACAGGUCA